UGCCGGUUCCUUCCCUCCUCCUUCCCGCAUUGGCUCCGCCGGGUUUCGCCGCCGCCGGCUCCCGCUUAAAGCUGCCGAGGCGGGCCGGGGAGCCGGGCCGGGAUGGGAGCUCUCCGCUGGCUCGUGGCCUCUGCUCUCUGCAUCGCCGUCCGGGGACAGGACUAUGGGCUCUCCCGCCCACCCCCUCAGUUUGGCUCCAUCUACCAUGUCCGAGGGGUCAUUAAGCUGCCCUACGCCGAGAUUGAGGAGCCCUUUGAAGCCUGGUACAACCUGACAGGGAAUAAGAGCCGUAUCCAGUACUACGGAGGGCAGGUGAUAACCUACCAGCUGGCAGCGGUGAAGCCCUAUGGGAUGAGGUACAAGAUCACACCAGAGACAACCGAGAAGGAGGUGAACACCAGGAAGUGCUUCCAGCUGCCCGGCUCCAAGGAGGACGUGGUCACUGCUCAGAGCGUCUUCCCCAGCAUGAAGGGCUUUAAGUUCCUGCGGGAGGAGUACUACGAGGGCCGGUACUGUGCUGUGUGGCAGAACGUCACCCACUGGGCUCAGAAGAAGAACGUCUACACCCUGUGGGUGACCAACUCCAGCUGUGGGGUGGCCCCCGUGCACUACGAGAUGCGAGGGUACAACAGCCUGCUGGGCUCCCACUACGACAAGUAUGAAAUCGCCUACACUGACUUUGACAACAGCUAUCCUCCUUCCGUCUUCGACCUCCCCGUCAACGAGACCAAGUGUGGGGUGCUGCCGGGGAAUGUGGCAGAGCACCGUGUGCUGGCAAACCCCAUGGAGGACCUGGUGGGCCAGCACCGGCCCUGGGCACACCGGGUUUUCCAUGAGUACCGCCAGCAGAUGGGGAGGCGCUACGGCUCCGCGCGGGAGCUGGAGCACAGGCAGAGCAUCUUCGUGCACAACAUGAGGUUUGUGCACUCGCGGAACCGCGCCGCGCUCUCCUACACGCUGUCCCUGAACCACCUGGCCGACCGCACGCCGCAGGAGCUGGCAGCGCUGCGGGGCCGCCGCCGCAGCGGGACCCCCAACCACGGGCUGCCCUUCCCCACGGAGCUCUACACCGGCAUCAUCCUGCCUGAGAGCCUGGACUGGCGCAUGUACGGCGCUGUCACCCCUGUGAAGGAUCAGGCUGUUUGUGGGUCGUGCUGGAGCUUUGCUACAACGGGAGCCAUGGAAGGUGCCCUCUUCCUCAAGACCGGCGUGCUGACCCCCCUGUCCCAGCAAGUCCUCAUUGACUGCUCCUGGGGCUUUGGGAACUACGCCUGCGACGGGGGCGAGGAGUGGCGAGCGUACGAGUGGAUCAAGAAGCACGGGGGCAUUGCCAGCACCGAGUCCUACGGUACCUACAAGGGGCAGAAUGGCUUGUGCCACUACAACCAGUCUGAGAUGCUGGCCAAGAUCACGGGUUACGUCAACGUCACCUCAGGCAAUGUCACAGCAGUCAAAGCUGCCAUCUACAAGCACGGUCCCGUGGCCGUCAGCAUCGACGCCUCACACAAAAGCUUCUCCUUCUACUCCAACGGCAUCUACUACGAGCCCAAGUGUGCCAACGCGCCGGGAUCGCUGGACCACGCCGUGCUGGCUGUGGGCUACGGGGUCCUGCAGGGAGAGACCUACUGGCUCAUAAAGAACUCCUGGUCCACAUACUGGGGCAACGAUGGCUACGUCCUCAUGGCCAUGAAGGACAACAACUGUGGAGUGGCUACUGAGGCCACCUACCCCAUCCUGGCCUGAGCCACCCUGGCUCUGCAGGGAGAGCCUGGGCGGCUUUCUCAGCACUCAGCCCUGGACCAGGCCCUUCAGUGGAACCAUCAGGAAGCUGGGACACAAUGGGACAGCCCCAUUCAGUGCUGGACGCAGGGCAGGACGGGGACUCAGCACUGGGCUUGCCAAUAAAGACACUGGAAAAAUA